AUGAAACAUAAAUGGUGCAGAAUCCUUGGCAUUUCUACAAGUCAACUUCAAGAGAACUUCUACGACGAGGCUUCUGAUUCUGUAAAGCAUCCAUCAUGUUAUGCACGGAACUUUUUAGAAUACUGUUGUUUUAGGGCGGUUGCUCUGUCUGUACAAGCAACAGGUUAUCUGGAGGACACAAAGUUUCGGCGCCUAACAUUUGACAUGAUGAUUGCUUGGGAGGUCCCAGCUGCUGCCAGUGAACCAUUGCUUAAUGUGGAUGCAGAUGUUACAGUUGGGGUAGAGGCUUUUUCUCGAAUUGCUCCAGCAGUUCCCAUCAUUGCCAAUGUGAUCAUUAGUGAGAAUCUUUUUGAGGUGCUCACAGCAUCAACUGGUGAUCGGCUCCAGUUCUCCGUGUAUGAGAAGUGCCUUACUGCAUUAGAAAGGUACUACCACCUUUCAUUCUAUCAAUUAUUGGGCAUUAAGAAAAUUGAAGACGCAAUCCGAGUCAUCUCUCCUCUCUGCCUUUCGAUCAGCAAGAGGGGAAAAAUUCUUGAAGUAGACAGGACAGUCACCACUCAGCCAGUUCUUCAACAUUUGGGAAUUUCUACAUGGCCUGGUCGAUUAACUCUGACAGAUCAUGCUCUCUACUUUGAAGCUCUUCAUGUUGUGUCAUAUGACCAGGCAAAAGUGUAUGACUUGUCUGAUGAGUUAAAGCAGGUUGUUAGACCUGAGUUAACAGGACCAUGGGGAACUAGACUUUUUGACAAGGCGGUCUUGUAUAAAUCUAUAUUCGUAUCAGAACCUACUGUGAUGGAGUUCCCUGAGCUUAAAGGUCAUACUCGUCGUGACUAUUGGCUAUUCAUUAUCCGAGAAAUUUUAUACGCUCACAGAUUCAUAGAUAAGUUUCGGAUUAUUGGAGUUGAACAGGAUGAAGCACUGCUGAAAGCUAUACUUGGGAUUCUGCGAGUACAAGCCCUCAAAGAUAUAAAUUCUACAAUCCCUCUUUGCUGUGAGGAUCUACUUAUAUUCAAUGUUUGUGAUCAACAUCCAGGUGGAGACCUGAUAUUGGAAACACUUGCGGACAUGUCAACGUCAAGGGAACUAGAGCGGACUGAUAGUUCUAAAGCUGGAAGCAGAAUGUAUUCAAUAUCAGCUUCUGCCAUGCCUUCUAACUUGGGAUUUGUGGUUGGAACCAGUUCGGGUGUUCCCAUUGAGGCUGGGCUUCUUGUGGAUGAGAUCCGUGUGGGAGAGAUCUCUUCUUUGGGAAAAGCAGUCAAGGAAUCAAAAAGCAGCUAUAAAAAAGUGGUGAUUGCACAAGCUACAGUUGAUGGCGCUAAAGUUGAGGGCAUUGACACCAAUUUGGGAGUAAUCAAGGAGUUGCUCUAUCCUGUGGCAGAACUUGGGAAACAGCUUCUUUCUAAGUCUUUGCUGUUCUGUUUGGUUUUUACAUAUAUCAUUUUCAGGGAAGGGGUCUUUAUAGUGCUUACACGAUGGUUUGACCAAGGUAGACCAGUUCGUGAACUAAAGGAUGGGAACAUUGGUCUUUUCAAGUUGCGCACCUUGCUGUUGUCAAUUUUCCCACAGAGUGAAAUUGUUUGGUGGUGGUGGUUUUCUGAUGGUGAUAGGUUGAAGUUCAAUGGUGUAGUGUUUGUCGCGACGGUGAUGAUUGUAGUGGUGGCAGGUGGUUGUAGGUUUUUGACGGAGAGAGCCAGUGAGAAAGUUGCAGUUGCUCUUUUGGUCAUGGCCUUGAUCAUGAUCUUCCUAUCCAGAAAAUACAUAAUUCUAGGGUUUUUUUUGGAAACAUUUACCAAGUACUCGCCUCUUCGAAAAGCAAGCACAGAAAGAUGGACAAGGAGAUUGAGAGAGUGGUGGUUCAGCAUACCAGCGGCCCCUGUUGUUCUGGAAGGAGCUAACGAAGACAAAAAGAAGAAGUGA